AUGAGCUCGUUGGCUCAUGUCAGAAGUCGUAAAGCACGCAUCAUCUGCAUUGCCAUCGUCGCUGUCAGCCUGGGUGCUUUGGCGCUUUACGCAUCUGCGGUCGAGUACGACGUACGUGCCUUGUCAGACUUUCAUCAGUCGUGGACAGGCGUUCGCGCGCCAGACCGGCCUCCGCGGCCCGAUCUAGACGAGCUCGAUGCAGUCCAGUACGAGAAGAUCACAAGCGCGCUCGAAACGUCCCAGGAAUGGGCAAAACCUCGGCCGUUGUCACGGCAAGCUAUCCGUCAGAUGGUCGGGCCAGGUGCCAAAUUCGUCAUCAAAGACUAUCCGCUUCAGGUGGGAUGGAACAACAUACGCUAUCACAUCGAGACCGUCUUGGGCCUGGCAAUGCUGCUCAAUCGCACUGCAAUCAUCCCAGAAGCGAUCUGGAUUCAGACUUGCAUCGCUGAUGAGGAGACCUGUAGCACGCUAGCGGCACAGCAUCAUGAACACCGAAAGGGACUACCAUGGGGUGGUUGGAAUAAGGACGGAACCAUCUGGCGCGUCGGUAUCCGACAUUUCCUUGACCUUGACCGAUUGCGAGCGCACCAACCCGUUAUCACCGCGCUCGAGUAUUACGAUCUCAUCGGCUUCGGCGUGAAAACGCUGCCUCCGAGUGGUCUACUCGAUACAGAUCGUUUCAGGCCUGCCAACGCAACACGCAACCGCAGACGGCCAACGCUGAGGGAGAUCAAAGGCCCGGAAUUUGAGCAUCGACCAAGAGUACGCGUCGAUCGCAUAUUGGCCAAAUUGAACCAUGAAGACGUCGACGGGCUCUACCCUGCUCUGACCGCACUCAAUGUCUCCCGCAUGCUGUCUGGCGUCAACACUUUGAAGCUAGACGACAUGAUUCGCGAAUACGACUUGCAUGACACCAUGUACUACAACGAGACGGCUCAGAUCAACAGGACCUCGACAUAUCGUGUCAAUAUCACGGAGGAGGAAGCCCUCGAGAUCUCUGGCGAAUCUUCGCUCGCGAAAAAUGCGACAAGAUUAAUCAACGAGACAGAGCUCAUCGAAGUCGUCUUCAACAGGACAGAACGCAUGCCUGCCAAUGUCACCCGUCUCGGCUACGUACUAGAGGACUUAGGAUAUACGUCACUUUUCACGCAUAACCAGUCGCUCGUAAUGUGCAAAGCUGUCACAGAAGAGCUCAUCGAGAUUGCCCCCAGCGAUCAGCUUGACGACUUUGUGGAGGACUUUGGCAGCGCGUCAGAAGAUUUGCUCUACUUCUCAGGCGACAUACACGACCAGCGAAAGCCCUCUGGCAUGCGGUUCAGCACAGAGGCGGCCCGAGCUGCCUACAUGGCCAUCGUCCUCAAGGCCGUACGACCGACACGAACAGUCUUGCAAGUCGCAGACAAUAUCGCCGACGCAAUGCGUGAUCGACUGCAAGGUAGAGUCUACCUUUCUGCCCACAUGCGCAGAGGCGAUUUUGUGCAGAUCGCCUGGGCGCAGAGGCAAUCUUAUCAAGAUCAUCUCGCCCUCGUCCUCGACAAUCUCGCUGUAGCGAGAGCCGAUCUCACUUUACGAUUCCAUCCAGACGAUCAGCCUGGUCCAAAUGACCCCUUUUACCUCGCAACAGACGAGCGCGAUCCGGAAGCGCUAGACUAUUUCCGACGCAACGGCGCUAUACUGCAAUCAGACCUCAUUACAUCGCAUGAUAGAGCAAUACUCGGUCCCUCGCAGCACUUUGGUGAUCUCGUAGCCCUCGUCGAUCAGCAAGUGCUCGCGAGGAGUGCCUUUUUCUUCGGCUCACGUAUGAGCUCCUUGUCCGGAGGUGCCGUCAACGCUCGCAUCACUCGGAACGCCGAGCCAUGGUCGUGGCGCCUCGUAUGA